AUGUGAGGAAUUCGUGAUUUGUUGUAUCAUGGAUGUCGUAAAACGUUGCCCUUCUCGUAUCACUGCUUGCUUUCGUGCAUCUAUGGAUAUAAGAGCUCGGGCUUGUGGGACGACGAGAGUGCUCACACCCAGACUACACAAGCCAUACUGCAGCACACGAUGACCUUACCUAGCAUGUUUGAUAUUUCUCUUCCUGCUAACUUCUUUAUCAAAGAAGAUUGUCUCAGAUUGAUGCAUGAGUGUUUCAGUCAGUACUUCUUCAUCUGCCCGUACGCUGUGGUGUAUACAUAUCCUACUCCCAUCCUGGUUGGCGUUGAAGGAAUGGUCCUAUGGGCUCAGAGUACGACUCCGUUCAUCGAAUGUGUUGACAUGACUCACCCUGGAAUUUUCCGGGAUUUAAUGGAGUUGGCAGAAAGCGGUGCGCGUUGGGUUGAGCAUCAGUCAAUCAGAUAUGGGUUCUCUAAGUUCCCGGAGAUGUCAGAAUGCCCAGGCACGGGAGUCCAAGACGAAAGCUAUCAAAUUUGGGAUUGGUCUGAUGGUGCAGCAACAAUGCCGUGCAACCAGGCAAGCUGAGAUGCAAGGGAACCAGUUAUACUGCAGCACACUCUGCAUGAUCAAGUAUGAAUACGAUAACUUAUCUGAGAAUUGUGUAUUAUAAGUUCAGGCAACGAACGGUUAUGCUAAAAGCUACAGUGAGCUCGAGUUAUAGGGUAACCAAUAAGUCGACGUAUGUAUAUCUUGAUCAGAGGACAACCCUGCCAAUGUGUGAAACAGAAGAGAUCGGUGAUAUUGAAUAAAGGUAAUACAUAUUCUCUUGU